UCUUAAUAACAUGUCUUGGCGAAACGGGAUCUGACAGAUCAGUCGAGGUUAGGGACAGCACAGGAGAGAGUGAUUUGUCAAAGCCAGCAAGAUGUCAUUUAAAACGUUGCCUUUACUGUUUAUUAACCUUGGCGGGGAAAUGAUUUAUAUAUUAGAUCAACGAUUGCGAGCUCAGAAUAUAGCAGAUGAAAAGGCGAAGAAAGUUUUACAUGACAUCAUUGCAACAAUGUAUCACAAAAGGUUCAUGGAGGAACUGUUUAAGCCCCAGCCCCUUUAUUCCAAGAAGGCAAUGAGGACAGUGUUUGACAGACUGGCCCAUGCAUCAAUCAUGAGGCUAAAUGCUGCAAGUAUGGACAAGCUGUAUGACUUGAUGACAAUGGCAUUCAAAUUUCAAGUGUCACUGAGUUUGCGCCCCAAAGAUAUAAUCCUUACCACACUUAACCACAUAGAUGCAAUAAAGAGCCUGCUGGAUGGUGCUCCUCAUGUACAGCAACAGGUCGACCAUGUGUACCGACUUCUCAUUGAGACGUUUGGAUCUCUUUCACCUGGGGAAUUCCAACUUAUACGACAAACACUGUUAAACUUCUUUCAAGACAUGCAUAUUAGAGUAUCUAUAUUCUUAAAAGACAAAGUACAGAACAGCAAUGGUAGAUUUGUGUUACCAAAGAGUGGUACCUUACCCUGGGGAACAGAUUCACCAGGUGUUAUAAGGCUGUAUGAUGCUAAUGGUUCUGUUAGAAACACCACCAACUUCCCAGUUAAUGGGAACUUUAUUCCUGCUCUACAGGAAGGCUCCUUUGAUAUCAAGGGGAACCGUGUCACGAAAUUAGGAACAAAUAUGUACAGUGUAGUAAGAACUGUGGAAACUAUCAGCUCUGGAGCCCCAAGACAACAGACGAAUGUAGUCUCUGAUAUUGAAUCUAAUACCCCCGAUCCUUUAGCCAAAGCCCAGCUAGAUCUACUAAGUACCCUCAUCGGAGGCAGAAAAUCGGCCUCUAAACAGGAGAUACGACUCAACCUUUUCAAUAAUGACAAGGAGGAGGAUGAUGCUGCGGUAGCUGCCACAAAACCUAUAGAAAUGGCCGAGUCUAAAGUGGUUAAAAUUGAUGCCUCAAAGAAACAGAGAGGUGCGGAGUUAAGUAAGAUAAUGGGUGAGCUGAACGUCCAGGAGAGUGCGUCUCACGAUGAUGAUCUACUCGACCUGAUGGACAGUGCAUAACUCUCUCACAUCAGUGCCUCUCUUUGAUCUCACAAAUCUUUCAUCUUUUGCUAUACUAUAUGAAGAUUAUCACAACCAUGCACAUAUUAUUUAAAACUAACACAUGCCUAGUAUGUGGAAUUGUUAUUUGAUGAUGGUUCUCACUGGUUGUAUGAAAAUAUACAUUUUGAUGUACUUCAUUGGAAAUAUAAUGUUCUUGAUGUUAUGACAUUGUUACAAAAAUUACUUGAAUUAAAUUACUUCAUUUUCAGGGGAAUUAUAUUAAAGAAAAAAAAAAUCCUAAUAGAAGUUUUGUCAUAAGAUUCCGAAUGUCAAUAUGUUUCUCAAAGAACAACCCUCAGUUUAAACUUGUAGGAAACACUAUCAUAUAUGUUUGUUUUCCUGGUUUAUUGAGCAUCUUCACAGUUUUAGAAAAAUAUGAAGCUACAGACAUGUAUGUCCGGUUGAUCUAGAUUUCUCAAAUAUUGUUGAUAGGGCAUUGACAGAACAUCUUGUUAAUGUUUUAUGGUGAAACAACAGUUCAUCAUCUUUGGAGAAAUGAUGUGUGCAGAAAAAGUUUGUAACAGGACUUGUUACAGGCUAAACCAAAACACUUUGUUGGUUUUGACGAUAGUAGAGGGUAUUAAGUGUCCUAAUGAUUUUGAUUUUGUUAACAAGAAGUGUUCUAUUGAUUUUGGCUAUUUCAUAUGUUAAGUGUCUGGAUGAUUUUGGCUACUGUAAAAACUUAAAGUGAUUUCAAUGUGUAUUACACAGAACUUUUGUUGUUAACACAAAAUUUUCUAUGUUAAUAUGUGUUUAGUAUGCAAUCUUUUUACUCUAGCAAGUAAUUUACUAAACUACCACACGUAUUAUACACCAUGGUAAUUAUAGUGUAUUUGUAGACAGCUGAGCUGCAUCACUGGCAAACAAAUGUCAAUGUAAUGUUAGUCUAAAUGGCUGAUAAGCUUUCGUAUAUACUUCGACACAAUAUCAUGAAAUGAAUCAAAGCCGUUAAAUGAAGAUAAAUGGGCUGUUGGUUUUCCUUCAUUAAUUUUACACUGUUUACAAUGUAAGUGUAUGCUUAGUUUGACAAAAUCAAAUUAGUUAUACAUCCUUGUCAGGAAAUAAUCAAUUCCACAUAUUUAUUGUUAUACUGAUAAUAACCCAAGUCAAGAAAGCUAUAUGUUAGGUUUAUUUAAAUGUGAAUGAAAUUUGUAUUUGUAAUAAGGAGUGUGAAUAUUGAUGUGAAAAAAAUCAAUUUAGGGAGAUCUUUAUACUUUUAUAUUAUUUGGAUAUAAAGAUACCCUGGUACAACAUAAAAAUGAGCUUAAUAUUCAAUAUUUAUAGUGUUUAGUUCAAUAGUUACCUGCAUAAAUGUCCCUAACCUACAUUGAAAUCAUAUAAGCAUUACAUUUUAAUUCAUAAUUCCUAUACAAUAUCUACCUUGAAAUCUUGGUUGGCCAGGUACAGAGACUUUAAUCAAUUUGGGACAAUUUUGUGUCAGAAUCCAGUUUUAAGGUUAUAAAGAAACAAUAGUACAGAAAUAUUUAACCCCUUAAUAUAGAGAUUAAGAUGUUAUGAAUGAAAUAGAAAUUGUGCCACACAAUGCAAGACAUACUGGUUCAUGUAUAGACUUUGUAAUUUUAAAACUCAGGCAAUUUUUUUUAAUAUUCAAUUUAUUGAAAUUUGUUAAGAGAGUUUUCAUGAAAGCCAAAAUGAAUAUAUUUACAAAGGGUAAGAACUGUGAUUCAUAUCAUGAUAUUUUUGUAUUUUCUGGUUUAAUUGUUUAUAACAAUUUUGUUACCUUGUAUAUUUUAGUAGUGUGAUGCCAUUGUAAUUGAAAAACAACUAUUGGUGGCCUGAAGAAAAAUUAUGCCUUUCAAAUGAUGGUUGUUAUAAUAAAGAUGAGUAACUGAGGUACUUGUUUGUAUGGUUUUAAGUUAGUAUUACUACUAAUAUAGAUUUGUAAUAUCUGGUUUCUUGGUUAUCUAUCUGAGUUCCUUUGUUUCACUAUGUCGCUGCGUUCAACGGCCAGUGGGGGCCAAGAAUGGUUGUUACAAAGGUGAUCACAUAUCUACUUGUAUGUAGUCUCUGUUAACAGCUAGUAAUACUCUUUAUUAUCAUCUGUAUAAAAACCUGAUUUUCUGUAUCUUUUUUGUCAGAUAAUUAUAUUCUAAAGGAGAAAGUUUGUAAAAGAAAAUUGAAAAUUGAAUAUUAAUAUCUAUAAGUGUAAGUUAAAAUAAUUGAUGUUGUGACUGAAUGUUAGCGUAUGUGACGAUUUUUUAAAAAGUUUUUGCAGUCGCAAAACAGCUUUAUACAAAUUUAACACACACUGUGAUAUAUUUUGUUGACAGUAGCACUUUGGUGUAAUAAUUGUUGAUAGGAAAUGUAUAUAUAUAUAUUUUGAAUAGCUGAUAAGUUUGUAACACUUAUGUAGAUGGCACAUACAUUACCAUAGGGUUGUCGCAAAGUAAGUCUCAUAUUGAACCAACAUUUUCCAGCAAAACUUUGGUAUUGGGACAGUAUAAAAAGUAAAAGUAAUUAAAUAAGUGUUAGAGAAAACAUUUAGAUAUUUGACAUAUAUAUUACUGUUAACUUGGCAAGCAUUUUUAGUGAUGUGUAGGUUGUUUUUUUUGGUUUUUUUUUUUCUCGUAAUUUAAAAAAGAUGCUUGGGUAUGACAAAUAUACCCGCAAUUCACUCCUGAGGCUAACUCAAUUUGCACUCUUCUCCAUCUAGAAUAUAACUUCUUGUCACUCGAUUUGUAGCUCUUCUGCUUCUGAAAGAGAAAUGUGCGACGUGCAGAGUGAUGAGUUUCACUAGAGAAAGAUUUAUGGCACAUACAUGCACAGGUUUGUGUUAGUGUUUUAGAAAACUUAAAAAAUUGUUUGUUUGGGUUAUGUUCUUCCGGUUAACUCAAUUUACAUAUAACAGAAUGCGAUCUUCUGAGAGGCUUCUCUUCAGAGAAGGGUGCAAAUCGAGUUGGCCUCCGACUAGGGCCACUUUCCAAUUACCAUUUUUAAUGUCCCUGUGACCUAAGUUAGACACCUGUACAUGAUAAUACUCCAUACCCAUAUGGGAGAAUUUUGACAAUGCUCAAUCAGGCAGAUAAUAAAUCAGUGAUAGUACUAGACAAUCUGUAGCAUCUACUGUAUUUCACUCUCCAAUGAUAAUGUAAUAUCUGUGGCAUCUAAUGUGUUUCACUCUCUAAUAUGUAGAUGAAAUACCUAUACUUGCCCAAAUAUUAUGAAAUUUACUGAAUCAAUUAUAUGCACCACUACAAUAAGCACAAAAUAUUGAGUUACAUUUAAAGGGCACACGUUUUAAUUACCAUAUCAAAAUAUUUCAUUCCAAUUCAGAAGUUCGCUUGUUUAGUCUUGAUCUGUCCAUCCAGUGUCAACAGUGUCUUUAAAUGAUUUCCUCUCAAUAACCAGGGGGCCGAAGUUAUAUUGGGCACAUAUCUUACUGGGAUCAGUGUUUUUAAUGACCUUUCCAGGUCAAGCGGGUCAUGUUAAGAUGAAAGGCUAUAAAGUUUUGAACAUACGAAGGAAAAGUCUUCAAAACAAGUUCAUGAUCAGUGUACUUAGCCAGAGGUAUCCUAUGAUAGUGGGCUAGCUAUCGGUUUUUUUUUUCAAUUGAAUUACUUGGAACAGGAGUCAAAUAUGAACAUUUUUCCAACUGCUUCGUUUGAUUAUUAAGAGAACUAGGACUUUGAUAUCUAGCCAGUAAAAUGCUGGAAUAAAUUACUUGUACUUCAAUCUACUUGUAAAGUCACAAAAACUUUUACUGUACAUGUAUUCAAAUCUUUAAAAUCAUUUCUCUUGAAUAUAGCCAAGAGGCUCAAUGUCUUUGUUAUUUUGGGACUUAAAGCAUGCAUACUGGAAUGGAAGUUUUUACUAUGAUAAUGGUACUGCUGGAGUACCGGUAGUCCCUGUCCCUCAUGUGGUCAACCUAUCUCUUUCAUAUAGGGCACAUGGGUAAAGAUGCUACAUUGCCGACAACAUAUACAAAGCUUUUUAUGAAAAUGCAUAAAAGAGCACCCAUGGUAUCAAAAUAUAUCUACACCAACAAAUGAAAAAACUACUGUCCUGAUAAUUAUUACUUUUAAGACAGAAAGUUACAUAGAGUUGAUAUACAUUCGAAAGAAUUUCUUUAGGAUGCAAUUGAUUUUUGAUUCACUUAUAAAUUAAGUUUAAAGAUAAAAUUACAAGCCCAAAAUUUUGGAUGGUAUAGUAACUGUAAUAGUGCACACUAGUAACUUAAGUCUGUGUAUAAAAAUGUACAACAGACUUUGUCGGGAGAUAUAGCAUCUUUAGAUAUUAUAACAUACCAACUUAAAUGUCACCAAUGUCUUGUUUAUAUAGAGUAAAAAGAUUUUACAGUUUGUACCUAAAAUGUACAAAUGGCCAAUACAUGGAUACUUAUUGUAAGUUGAUACUUUUGGGGUACUUUUGUGAAAUCAGAUCAAUAAUGGCAUAAUCUUAAUCAACAUUUCUAGUGAUUUAUAAUUUCCACGUGUUUAGGCCCAACAUUGUUAUGUUAAAUUUGAAAUGUGCCUUAAGCUUGAACAUAGCCUUGACUGUUUAUUAUUUUGUAUGAGCCUUUACUUUUACCUGCUAUGUGGAUGUGUGACCUCCAACCUCUACGUGUUACCUCCAUACCACAGUUUCACUCCUGUGCAUGAUGAUGUAUGUGAUGUUUGUUUUAUCCCUACCUAUCCUUUUAUUUUCUAAAUAUUAUGCAUACCAGAAACCAUUAUGCUGGUUACAGAACUAACUUGUAUGAUAUGACAAGCAACAGGAUGUAUAUAUGUAUGCUAGAUGUUAGUCAGAUAUGGACAAGGGAACACAUUUUUCUCAUAUUUUUAUUGUUUGUCUGAAACUCAUGAUGUUUGUCAUAUUUUCAUUUUAAACAUCCUCAUUGAAAACAUCACUAUUUUCAUGUCUCUAUUUAUUAGUUUCAUAGUUUCCUGGAUGUUUAGUAAUAUGCAAGAUAUUUGAUGUAUCGCUAACCUGUUAUCUACAUUUGAGAUCCAAUUCUUGUAUAAUAUAUUGUUGGUGUCUUUAUAACAGUUGUGUAAUGCAGGAUGAGGGAGCUCAAUUGGUGUGAAGAAUUGACAUACAAAGAUCUGCUAGUGGCCCAUGUAGGGAACAAUUUACUAGUCUCAUAACAAAUUGCUUGUGCCUGUGUUUUAAUGUCCGUCCAGAAAUUGAGUGCUUGACUUUUCAUUUUGAUACUAUAUUUUUGUAUUGGUAGCGUGCUUCUUAGUGCAUCUCAUUUAAAUACAAAAUGUUUUUGAAACAUUAAAUUGUAAAAACACAUAUCAACUGAACAGGAACCUGUAAUUAAUUUAUAACCAUAGUCCAAAUUAAAUGUUAGGACAAGAUCACUCUCUAGUGAAAUAUCAAAUUUCUUUGACAAUGUUUUGCAAUGUAGGGACUUAGCAUCUAAUCUUGUGUUUGUGUCAUAACACUGUCAAAACAUUACUUCUGAAAAUGUGAAAAAUGUAUAUUGUAAAUGAAAGGGUUAAGGUUGUUGUACCUUAUUUGUUGUUUGUCUAAAACAUUCAACUAUUUCAUUUCAGUUUUAAUAACUGUGCUGAUGGUAAAUUAAAAUGAUGUACAUGAUGUACAUACUGCAAAAUCUACGAACUUUUAAGAGAUAGAAGUAACAGUUCCAGGCUGGUUAUUUAAAUAAAAGUACAUAUCGAAAAUAUUAGAUUUAAAUACAUGUAAUGCAUAUGUGCAAUCUUUUGUCUCUUUUAGUUAUAUAACAUGUAAUAUUGUAUGACAUGAAUGUUCAGAUUGGUAUUAAAUGGGUUCCUACAUAUGUCAA